AUGAAGAUAAACCUGAAAUCUGGAGAGGUUCCUGUGAAGCCUAAAGCUCAAAAUAAGCGAAAGAGUGUUCCAAUGGAGGCCCCAGCGUCACCAGAGUCACCCCUGAACCUGACACAGUGUGUGCCAGAAGAUCAAGAAAGCGCUCCAAGUUGCAGCAGCCAGAGUGGAAGUGUGGAAUCAGUGUCGAAAAUUACAUUCCUGCAAGCCAAAAUUGAGUGGCAAGAGAAAAUGAUUUUAGACCUGGAGGAAGAGCGGAAGUUUCUUCGGGAACAAUUAAUGAGAGAUAAUAAGACCACAUCUCAACGUAAACAUACAAAAACAAAACAGGAUUACUAUUCAGACACCGAAAUACCAUCAUCACCAAACAUGAGCGAAAGCGACAGCGAUGGUACUGUAUUGAAGAAGAAAAAAAUCAGACAGUCUUAUGAUUCUUCAGAUGAAGUAGCAGUGCUGGGGCGAACUCACAUGAGAGUCAAGACACCUGAUGAAGCCAUCCAAAGAUAUAAGCAAGUUCUAAAAACAUUCCAACGGAGGUGGUACCAUCGGUAUGUGUAUGUGGGAGGGGGAAAGGAGGGGAGGGGAGGGGAGGUGAGGAGGGAGAUUACAGAAGGAGGAGGGAGGAGGAGGUCAGGAGAUCAGGUGGGAUAUAAGGGGAAGAGGAGAGUUUGCCAUGAGAGGGAACCCGCGCUCCACUUUUGGCACAACGUAAUUAGCGCGCGCACCGACGCUUCAAUCAUCAAGCGGCGCGCACGUUCUGUCACUCGUGCGUGCGCGGGAGAGGGGGGGGGGAGAGGGGGUGAGGAGGGGAGGAGGCAAGGAAGAGGCUGGGGGGAGGAGGGAGAGGGGGGAAGGAAAAGGGGAAGAGGAGAGGGAGGGGGGGAGGAGAGGGGGGGAGGGAGAGGAAAGAAGAGGGGGAGAGGAGGGGAGAACCCAGAUUUCAGCACCACGGCUUGUGUGGACAGCGCCAGGACAAGUGAUGACAGUGAAGUGCAGGGAAUAAGGGACCGAGGCGCAGAGCAGGAGCCAGAGCAGGAGCCAGAGCAGGAGCCAGAGCAGGAGCCAGAGCAGGAGCCAGAGCAGGAGCCAGAGGAGGAGCCAGAGCAGGAGCCAGAGCCAGGGCAGGAGCCAGAGCAGGAGCCAGAGCAGGAGCCAGAGCAGGAGCCAGAGGAGGAGCCAGAGCAGGAGCUAGAGCAGGAGCCAGAGGAGGAGCCAGAGCAGGAGCCAGAGCAGGAGCUAGAGCAGGAGCCAGAGCAGGAGCCAGAGCAGGAGCCAGAGCAGGAGCCAGAGGAGGAGCCAGAGCAGGAGCCAGAGCCAGGGCAGGAGCCAGAGCAGGAGCCAGAGCAGGAGCCAGAGCAGGAGCCAGAGCAGGAGCCAGAGCAGGAGCCAGAGGAGGAGCCAGAGCAGGAGCCAGAGCAGGAGCUAGAGCAGGAGCCAGAGCAGGAGCCGGAGCAGGAGCCAGAGCAGGAGCUAGAGCAGGAGCCAGAGCAGGAGCCAGAGCAGGAGCCAGAGCAGGAGCCAGAGCAGGAGCUAGAGCAGGAGCCGGAGCAGGAGCCGGAGCAGGAGCCAGAGCAGGAGCUAGAGCAGGAGCCAGAGGAGGAGCCAGAGCAGGAGCCAGAGCAGGAGCCAGAGCAGGAGCUAGAGCAGGAGCCGGAGCAGGAGCCAGAGCAGGAGCUAGAGCAGGAGCCAGAGGAGGAGCCAGAGCAGGAGCCAGAGCAGGAGCCAGAGCAGGAGCUAGAGCAGGAGCCAGAGCAGGAGCCAGAGCAGGAGCCAGAGCAGGAGCCAGAGCAGGAGCCAGAGCAGGAGCCGGAGCAGGAGCCAGAGCAGGAGCUAGAGCAGGAGCCAGAGCAGGAGCCAGAGCAGGAGCCAGAGCAGGAGCUAGAGCAGGAGCCAGAGCAGGAGCCAGAGCAGGACCCAGAGCUGGAGCCAGAGCAGGAGCCAGAGGAGGAGCCAGAGCAGGAGCCAGAGGAGGAGCCAGAGCAGGAGCCAGAGGAGGAGCCAGAGCAGGAGCCAGAGCAGGAGCCAGAGGAGGAGCCAGAGCAGGAGCCAGAGCAGGAGCCAGAGCAGGAGCCAGAGCAGGAGCCAGAGCUGGAGCCAGAGCGGGAGCCAGAGCAGGAGCCAGAGGAGGAGCCAGAGCGGGAGCCAGAGCAGGAGCCAGAGCAGGAGCCAGAGCAGGAGCCAGAGCAGGAGCCAGAGGAGGCAGUUGGUGUUAAGAGCUUCAGGAAGAAUACUGUUGACGGGAACAAGAAGUUGUACGCGAUCUACGACACCAGCGUCAACGAGCCGGGCAACAUGUCUUUCGUGAAGGAGACUGUGGACAAGCUCCUACAAGGCUAUGAUAUUCGACUCAGGCCAGAUUUUGGAGGGGCGCCAGUCGCGGUUGGCAUGAGCAUAGACGUGGCCAGCAUCGACAUGGUCUCAGAAGUCAACAUGACGGAGGGGAGACACCGGGCUGCAAUCACGGCACAUCAUGAUGGAUUUGUCAGGGUGUAUGUCCGUCUCCUGAGGUCUGAAUACAGGAGGAGGAGGAGGAGGAGGAGGAGGGGAGGAGGGGAGGAGGAGGAGGGGGGGAGGAGGAGGAGGGAGGAGGGGAGGGGGAGGGAAGGAGGAGGAGGAGGAGGGAGGAGGAGGAGGGAGGAGGAGGAGGGGGAGGAAGGAGGAGGAGGAGGAGGAGGAGGGAGGAGGAGGAGGAGGAGGGGAGGAGGGGAGGAGGAGGAGGAGGAGGAGGAGGGGAGGAGGGAGGAGGAGGAGGAGGGGGGGGGAGGAGGAGGAGGAGGAGGGAGGAGGGGAGGAGGAGGAGGGGGGGAGGAGGAGGAGAGGAGGAGGGGGGGGGAGGGGAGGAAGGAGGAGGAGGAGGAGGAGGAGGAGGAGGGGGAGGAGGAGAGGGGGAGGAAGGAGGAGGAGGAGGAGGAGGAGGAGGAGGGGAGGAGGGAGGAGGAGGAGGAGGGAGGAGGAGGAGGAGGGGAGGAGGGGAGGGAGGAGGAGGAGGAGGAGGAGGAGGGGGGAGAGGAGGAGGAGGAGGAGGGGGGGGGGGGAGGAGGAGGAGGGAGGAGGGGAGUAGGAGGGACGAGGAGGAGGAGGGACGAGGAGGAGGAGGAGGGGGUUCUGGUACUGAAGUGUUAA